CUAGCAUUGUCUUAUUAACUAAAAUUAAAUAGCUAUUGUUGCUUUAAUCAUUUAUGUUCUCCUGUUCUUACCCUCCUUUCCCCAUCCAGACGAGGCCGAUGUACUGCCGCCUUAAUAUGAAUGUUCCGGGUCUACAAAUAUUUUUUGAUGAUCAUGACACCCGACAAGAUUUCAGGCUGAGCAGAGAGUCCCUGGCGGUGCUGCUGGACCUUCUCCACCAGGAAAGACGACAUGGAUGGGGUGCCACAAUAGAGACCUUGGUCCUUCUCUUCUGGCUGGCGAGUGGGACAUCAUACAGGGUGGUCUCAAGGGUGUUUGGGAUGCCUCGCUCCACUGAUCACCACAUCAUUCAUCGAGUUACUGAGGAGGUGGUGGCCAUUCGCCACAGGGUCAUCUACCUCCCCAAGACCGCUGACGACCUGGCGGCAGUAACUCAGGGGUUUGCAGGGCUGGCAAGACACAGAGCUUUUCUAAAAGCUGCUGGAGCAAUCGACGGCUGCCAUGUCAGGAUCAAGCCACCAAGCGGCCCUGAUGGUCACUGCUAUAGGAAUCGCAAACUGUUUGCGUCUAUUAUCCUGCAAGCAGUUUCUGACCAUCAGGGCCGCUUCAUCGACACGUACGUGGGCUGGCCGGGGUCGGUGCACGACUCCAGGGUACUCCGGCACAGCCCACUGUACAGGCGGGCCAUCUACCCUCCUCCAGGGUACUUCAUCUUGGCAGACGGUGGGUACCCAUGCCUCCAACAUCCACUCCCCCUCAUCACUCCCUACAAGCGGCCGGUACAAGGUGUGGGAGCCCAGCGCUUCAACAGCCAUCAUUCCAGGGCACGCUCCAUCAUAGAGCGUGCCUUUGGGAUGAUGAAGACGAGGUUUAGGGCCAUCUUCCUCCAAGCGCUGGAGGUGCACCACACCUUUGUGCCUCAGGUCAUAACAGCAUGUGCCGUCCUGCACAACAUCUGCCUGGGUGCUGGUGACAUCAUGGCCCCAGAGGAUGAAGUGCAGGACGACAUGCCGGAGGAUGAGGGGGAGAACGGGUUGGAGGCAGUCAGUGGUGCUCCAUGGCGGAACCAGCUGUCUGCCGAGGUAUCUGCCCUGGAGGAGGGUGUCCUUGACCAUGAUUACCUUUAGAGGGCAAGUAAAAUAAUUUUAAAGCUAUUCCUAUUUAAAGUGUUUUGUAAAGUUUUGUUUGUUGAAGUAGUUUGUGGUGGGAUGUUUAAAAAGUUGUGCAGUAGUAUUCUGUUUGUUUUAUUCUUGCCUCUCUUUUAAACAUUUUUAGUGACAUGGCAGCCGUCGAUUGCGUCAGCCCUGCAAACCCCGUUGAUGGACGAUGUGGUGGACAGUGGAGACAUGCAUCCCCCACCCCCCACAUGAUGUCCCACUCACAGCCAGAAGACUCCAGGGUCUUUAUUGUGGCAUCCCAUCCAGUCCAGCAGCACCACCGGGGACUCCUGCUCAGCCAAUAA